AUGGAACAAAAAAUAAUAUCAGAUUCAGUACCUGCUGUAAUAAAGAAAAAUAAGAAGCCGAAAGUCUCUGAAAAUGUAAAAAAAGUUAAAGAAAGAAUCAUUCAUUCAAAUACUUUAUUACAACUUUACAAGGGAAAGGAAAAAGAAAUGGAACAAUAUACAACAGAAUUAGCAAAUUUAAAAGAAAAAUUAUCAAAAUCAGAUUCUCAACUUUUUGUUCUUAAUAAAGAGAGUGAAAUCUUUCGACAGGCUGCUCAACAAUAUAAAAAAGAAGCAACUGAUUUAAAACAACAAUUAGAAGAAAAAAACACACAAUUAAGAAAUCAAAAAUUAUUAGAUGAUGAUAUCCAACAACUAAGAAGAGAAAAUGAUGAAUUUAGACGAUUGGAACAUAAGAUUAAUGAGAGUAAAUUAGCUAAAAUGCUGAGUGAAAAUGAAAGGCACGAAAUAAUAAAACUGAAGAAAGACCUUGAAAUAAAAGAUGAAGAAAUCAGAAGAAAUCAGUCAGAAGCUGAUAAAAUCAAAGAUGAAUUAAAAUUAUUAAGAAAUAGUGAGGAAGAAUUACAGGAUAAGAUAUUAGAGCGAGAUUUUAGAAUUGCAAUAAUGGAUGAGACUAUAACAGAAAAUACUUCAACAAUCGCCGAAUUAAAUAAACAAUUGGACAUUGCACAGACUACAUGUCUUAUUACUGAACUAAAUGGAUCAAUGUGUUUAAUGUCAUUUUUACGACAAAAUUUUACACUAGAAAAGUUUGAUGUUCUGACGAAUAUCUUGAAUGAAAUUAUUUGUGGCUUGGACACACCUAUUUAUUUAAAUAUUUAUUCAAAUAUCAUUGGUGAUGAGACCAAAUCAUAUCCCAGAAAAUCUUCUCUGAAAAAUCCUAAUGAUAUAAAGUUACCUGUUAUUUUGCCAGAUAAAGAAAAAGAUAUUAUAUUAUUUUUGAUUCAUCUUAUUUCAGAAGAAUACGAGAAUGAAUUUUUUGAAAAAAUACUAUUUUGGAUUUCCGAUAAAAUUAUUUCAUACAAAGAUGAAAAUCUUAACCUAGGAUAUAUCAGUCGAUUGUGUAGAUUAUUCGUUGCAAUUUGUCGAACUUUAAAUGAAAUUCAACGUGUUCGAAUAUUGUGUUAUGAUAUCUGUCGAGAAAAAACAAAUAACAAUUUUGUUCUUUCCAUCCUUGCCAAUACAGCAGUAAUUUGGCCAUGUACCCUCAAAAUGCCAAACGAUUUUGACUAUGAUGUUAUAGAAUCACUUAAAAAGGGCCAUUCAAUAUUUUUAAAUAUUUUUGAAUGUAUUGCUGUAGAUUGUAUAAAGGAAAUAAAAGAUUCAAAUGUAAAAGAAACCUUUACAAGAUUUUGUUCUUGGAAUCAAACACAUGAAGUUCCUUCAUUGCAGGAAAUUUUUGAUAAUUUAAUUAAUUUUGUUAGCUCACCAGAAUUUCAUGAAUUUUGUAAUCAAAUGAAUAAUAUGGAUAAUAUAGCAUACAUAAAAAUACUAUUAUCUCACUGGUAA